AUGGGAAUUCCUGGUCUAACAACAUAUAUGUCGAAUGGUUCAGAGCGUUAUCUCGAAUAUUAUGCUCUACACGAUAGUUAUUUAGUGAUUGAUGGAAACUGUGUGUGUUGUCAAUUAUAUACCUGGUAUGCGAGAUGCAAUUGUGCCUUUGGUGGUGAUUAUGACAAGUAUGCACAAUGUGUGAGAGAUUUUUUCGAUCAACUGAUAAGAUGCAAUAUCACUCCGCUAGUUUUGAUUGAUGGUGGUUGCGAAGACAAAAAGCUGAAGACAAUUAUAUCUCGAACUAAACAAAAGAUCGAGAUUGCAUCAAAUUAUACUUUAUCUUCACAGCACCGGACCAAAUUUCUUCCUCUGCUUAUGAGAGAGGUCUUUAAAGAUAUCAUGAAUGAAAAAGGCAUUAGAUAUGCACAGUGCAUAUUUGAGGCAGACAAUAGCAUAGCUGCAAUAGCACGUUUUCUCAAUUGUCCUGUAUUAAGUUAUGAUUCUGAUUUCUAUAUUUAUGGAUCAUUAUACAUACCGUUUAAUACAUUGGAAAAUGACAUAGUGCUUAACCCUUCAGGUAGAGGAUACAUAAAACGCUGCAAAAUUUAUUAUGUUGAUAAACUUUUUCGGGUUCAUUAUGGAUUAAACCAGUCUUUAUUACCCUUAGCAGCAGUAUUGUUGGGAAAUGAUUAUGUGAAGCAACAUAUAUUUAAAAACUUCUUUCGUCAUCUGCCACGAUCAGGAAGAAGGAAGUAUAACAAUGAACAACAACGGCGAAUAGAUAUGGUUUUUGAUUGGUUAAGACGACGCAGUUUAAAUGAAGCUGUUAUAGGGAUAUUAAGCAGAUUACGAAAACAAGAACGCAAACACGUUUUAAAUACAAUAGAAACAAUAAUAAAUAGUUAUAUCAGUGCACCAUUGAGUAUGUUGUACAUGCUAGAUAUUCCUGUAGAAAUCUUAUCGAAAGCAAAUAUGCAGAGUAUAUCCUCCAAGAUAUAUAAGUUUGAAGGUGACAUAUAUAAUUUGACAUGUUUUGACAAAAUGAUAAAUGAUACAGAGCUGAGUGAUAGAGAAGAAACAGAAGACAGAGAAGUAGUAAACAUACUUGAAGAAAAAAAGUUACUUUCUAAUGAGUCUUUAGUUGACGAUUUACCUCAGUGGUUUAUUAAGGAAUUCAAGGAAAGCAGAUUCCCAUCCUAUUUUAUAGAUUUAAUAAUAAGGAAGUUGUAUGUCUGUCCUACACAAAUUGAAGAUUCUUCCUAUAUUUCAUCUAUUAUUACAAGUUUAAAAAUUAUAAGUGUCAUUUAUGGAUUAUUGUUAACAGGACUUAAAGGAAAGAAGUCUGCCAUGGAAUAUAUUACAAGAGACGAGAAUAAGAAGAUUAAGCGUUAUCAAUUGGAGUAUAGUGAUAAUAUACUUGGUUGUAAACUACCUUCUUUACACAAUUUGAGACAUGUACCUAUUAUUGUCAGAAGAGAAAUUUUAAAUACCACUUUGACAAUCUUUAAUGCGAGCUAUAUAAAUGAAAUUCCAUCAAUUUGGAUGUUAUAUAUUGCAACCAUGAAGUAUUGGAUAAAUCAACAAGAGGAACCAUCUAAAUUUAGUUGUCAUGUAUACUCUUUAUUAUUUGCUUUGUUAUUUAACAUAAUAGAUUAUAAUAUAGGCUUUUAUAGAAUUUUAAAUAAAUUCUAUCAGAGAUUUAAUAGAACUGUAGACAAUAUUCGACAUGAAAGAAAAAUUGGAAAUUAUCAACCACAGUAUUCAAUUAAUUCUACACUUACAAAUGCUAUUCGUGAAGUUGAUGUAAAUGACUGCUUAAUUGCGGCUACAUUCUUUAUAUCUAAUUUUGAAGUAGAUCAGAAACUGCAUUCACAACCGAAAAAAUUUAAUAUUACAAUAAUUCAUGGUUUUGCAGAAUUUCAAAAUUGCUUAAGACAUAGUAUGAACUUAAAUGCAUUAUUGGGAUAUCCAUAUGAACCAACUAGAGUUGCUAGUGUAUUCAAUGGUACAUUUUUGUAUAAUUUAUGUAGCAAUUUUAGAAAACGUGACGAUGUUGAAGCUUAUAUUAAUUUAAUUUUGCGAGAUUCUCCGAGUUUGUCACGUCUAUUUAACGUACUUUUAUUAAAAGUCAAACCUUUGUUUAACACUGCACCGCAAAAGAAAACUGAUAAAUGUAAAAAGCAAAGAGUAAAAAGAUAUGAAGAAAAGAAGUGUAUUUUGCACGAAGAAAAUCUUGAAGAUGAAAAACCACAUGAAAGCACCAGUCAAGAAUUUUACGAUAUAAAUAAUUCGUUUUCUAUACUUGGUACCACGCAGCAUUAG